AUGGCUUGUGCAAAUAUGGUGGCCAUGUCUCAGCGAGGUGACGGAGACGCGAUAUUCAGUUUAGACGAAAAAUACGAAAUAGUUGACAUAAGCAAAUUAUUUUUGAGUAAAGCGGGUAGCGUAUGUGUUGCCGUUAUUACCGUUGUUUACCUCACCGGAGAGCUCGUUAUAUACGAAUCAUUAUUUGCAUGGACUGCCGUCGCGUUAUGUUGUGGCGAAAGUCGUAAUGAGCAAAACCUUUGCGGACCUUUGACACGUACUACUGUUCAACGAUUGUGGAUCAUUGCGUUCAAUAUACUUUUUGGACCAUUCGCCUUUUUCCAUUUGACGAAAAUGGUAGCGAUUGAAGUGGUGACAUGGGCGGUUCGUUUGCUCACGUUUACGACCAUCCUUGUUUACACUUAUUAUAAAAAUGAACAGGGCGGCGGAGAAGUCGAAAUACCCUCGGUCAAUUUGGAGCGCUUACCACUCAUCUUUGGUGCCGGCAUAUUCUCGUAUAUGGUGCACCACUGCAUGCCGUCAAUUGUCGACCCCAUUGUUGAGAAGCAUCGUUUGAAGUUGAUUUUGCUUGUAGAGUUUGUGAUAUUGACUUGCUACUACUUACUUAUUUCUCUUUCACUGUUGUUUGCGGACGACGACUUAAACGUAAUAGUGACGCUUCAUUUUUUACCGGCGAAAAAUGAAACUGUCCUUGCUUACCGUGUCAUGGGUUAUAGUGUAAACGUGUACCCAUUGCUGACUGUUGCUGCCACGUUCCCACUGGUUGCCAUAAGUUUGAGGGAGAAUCUCAAAAAUCUGUUCCUAAGGUCGGGAAGGAAGUACAGCUUCUUCAACAGAAAAGUUCUAUUUCCCUUGCUGAUAAUAAUAGUUUCGGCCACCAUAGCUCUAGCUAGUUUGGAUUUUCCCAUUAUUAUAAUUGUAGCAACGUCAUAUCUGGGUAUACUUGUACAGUACAUCAUACCCAUUGUCCUAGUCUACAAUGCCAGGGUGUACUGUUCGUCAAACUUUGAAACGUACUAUAAUCCCUUCAAAAGUCCUUUCAGGAAAAGGCAAUGGGAAAUGGUGGUUAUUGUGGUAGCGUCACUAGCAAUAGUGUGUAUCACAAUCAAGCUUUGUAAUAAAUACUUGUCAUAA